AUAUUAACUAUUUCCCAGUUGAGGACAUAUUUAGCCCUUCUCCUUUGAAAAAUAACCAAAAGGAAAAACAAAAGAAAGGUAAAUAGAGGCCAAAGAGUUGUAGCUUUGAGAAAGAAGGAGGACGCAGCAGCAGCAUAUAUAUAUAUGUGUGUGUGUGUGAAUAAUGUGGGUUUUUAGCAAAAAGGGUCCUUCUGGAUUCUCAGCAAACUCAACUGCUGAAGAAGUUACCCAUGGAAUUGAUGGCUCUGCUCUUACUGCCAUUGUUACAGGAGCAUCAAGUGGAAUUGGUGCGGAAACUGCACGUGUUCUUACAUUGCGAGGUGUGCAUGUAAUUAUGGGAGUCAGGAAUAUCUCUGCUGGAAAACAGGUUAAAGAGGCAAUAAUUAAAGAUGUACCGCAAGCUAAAAUUGAUGCCUUGGAGUUGGAUCUCAGUUCGCUUUCAUCAGUGAGGAAUUUUGCAUCAAAUUACAAUUCUUUAGGCCUUCCUCUAAACCUGCUUAUAAACAAUGCAGGAAUCAUGGCAACCCCAUUCACACUUUCCAAGGAUAAUAUUGAGCUGCAAUUUGCAACAAACCAUGUUGGCCACUUCCUUUUGACAAAGUUACUGCUGGACACCAUGAAAAGAACGGCUUGUCAGAGUAAAAAAGAAGGGAGGAUUGUUAAUGUCUCCUCACGUCGCCACAAAUUUUCUUACCAUGAAGGGAUUCGGUUUGACAAGAUUAAUGAUCAAUCAGGGUAUAAUGGUCUGUCCGCAUAUGGUCAGUCAAAGCUUGCUAAUGUGCUACAUGCUAAUGAACUUGCUAAACAUCUGAAGGGUGAGGGCAUGGAGAUUACGGCGAAUUCGGUUCAUCCAGGAGCCAUUGCCUCCAACCUUUUCCGUCAGCACAGCAUUAUCAGUGGCAUUGUUAAUGUCAUUGGCAAGCAUGUGAUGAAAAAUGUGCAGCAGGGAGCUGCAACAACAUGCUAUGUGGCUUUGCAUACUGAUGUUAAAGGUGUAAGUGGCAAAUAUUUUGCGGACUGCAAUACAGCUGAGACGAGCCCCCAAGCUAACGAUGCUGAAUUGGCAAAAAGAUUGUGGGACUUUACCAUGAGUUUAGUUGACUAGCACAGUGGACCCUUGCCCUUUGUGUAAAGAGGGUCCUUUUAUUCUGUGCUGUGUAUCUUGUGGUUUUGUAACACUGGCAAUCUGAAACCAAGGCCUUGAGCUCAUCCCAUGGUGUGCAUUGCGAACAUAUAUUCUCUUUUUAAUGAUUUGAAACCCACUAAAGAAGUCACUUAAUAGUAUUAGACUAUUAGUGAAGUGGUUAUCUUA